AUGAAACUUCAUCUACUUGAGUCCCAUUGCUCCCUUCUCCCUUCUUACUCCCAGGAUUCCCUCUCCUUCCUUCUCAAUCCCCCUUACGCCCGGUGCCGCCGCUCUCCGCCGCCUUUCCGCGGCGUCCGGAUGGACUCUUCUUCUCCUCCUCCUCCAGCUCUGUCGUUACCCCGCCGGCAGAGGGAGAAGGUUUUGGUGAUCAUGGGGGCAACGGGUUGCGGGAAAUCGAAGCUCUCCGUCGAUCUCGCAACCAGCUGCGGGGUCGAGGCCGAAAUCAUCAAUUCCGACAAAAUGCAGGUCUACAAGGGGCUCGACAUCGCCACCAACAAAAUCACGAUUCCCGAGCGGAAAGGGGUCCGGCACCACCUCCUCGGCGAUUUGGACCCAGCCGACGGCGAAUUGACCGCCGCCGAGUUCCGCGACGCCGCCGGGGCGGCGGUCUCCGACAUUGCGUCGAGGGGGAAGCUCCCCGUCGUGGUGGGUGGGUCCAACUCGUUCAUCUAUUCUCUCCUCGUUGACCGGUUCCACCCCGGGUCGGACGUCUUCUACGGGUCGGGUCCGGGGGACCGGGUCUCCCCGCAGCUGAGGUACGACUGCUGCUUCCUCUGGAUCGACGUCGCGUUCCCCGUCCUCUGCGACUACCUCUGCCGGCGGGUGGACGAGAUGGUGGAGACCGGGAUGAUGGAGGAGAUGGCGGAGUUCUACUCGUCGGAGUCGUGGGCGGGUCGGGUCGGGCUGCUGAAAACGAUCGGGGUGCCCGAAUUGGAAUGGUACUACAAAAUGGGAAAUUUUGAAAGUAAUAAGAACAACAGAGAUGAAGAAGGAGGAGGAGGGUGGGAUACGGUACGGAGGAGCGUAUACGAGGAUGCGGUGAGGAAGAUCAAGGAGAACACGUGUCGGCUGGCGGAGAGGCAGGUGGGGAAGAUCGUGCGGCUGAAAAGCGGCGGGUGGGACCUACAUAGGGUGGACGCGACGGACGUGUUUAGAGAGCGGUUGAGAGCGGCGGAUGAGGCGGCGGCGGAGGCGGCGGCGGAGGACGGUGGUGCGCGGAGGAAGAGUAGGAAGAAGAGGCGGAGGCAGUGGGCGGAGGUGUGGGAGAAGGAGGUGAUGGAUCCAAGCGUGAAGAUUGUGAAGCGGUUCUUGGAGGAGGAGUAG